AUGGCGCCAAGAUGGCGGGGAGCCGCAGCGCUGCUCGUCAUGCGGCUGACGAUGGUGAUGGGGCAGACGCCAGCAGGCCGAGCAGGAUAUUCCAUUAUGGUCACUCCGCCGGUCUCUGGGACGACAUGGAAUGCUCCUGUAGAGGUUUCCAGUCCAGUUUUGAACACACAGGACUUGGCGGUUCAGGCUUGGGUUCGGCUAGUGCAGAAGACGCCAGCGAGCGACAUCAACUACAUUGUUGGGACGCUGAACACAAUAACCUCGGAGAGUCAGAGCAUCGUGUUCGGUACAUGGACGCACAUCUCAGCAACAUACAGCAACGGAACGAUGAAAUUCUACGUGGAUGCAAAACAAGUAAACAGCGUCGUCUUGCCUCCGCUGAUCCGAUCAGGAAACGUCAACAAGAUCUCCCUCGGGGGCCGAGCAGAUUUUCAGGCAAUGGGACAAACUUCGUACCUGAGCGGAAAUAUGGACGAGAUACGAAUCUGGGAGACUGUAAUGAAAGACGUGAGAGAAGGAUGGCAGUUGAGCAUGGAUGCUUUCGAGACAGCUUGCAAUGCGAGCUUGUUGUCAAGAUGCAAACAGAACGGACUUGCGUACUAUUGGUCUUUCAACGAUACGACCGCAAUGACGUCGACCUUUUACCAGACGGAAUCAGAAGCAGUCGUCAGCGGAGCCUCAUACAUGGACAGACUUGCGGGCCUCAAUUAUCAGACGGGGGGAAGUGCUUCUAUGAAGGAUGCAGCCAUGCAGAUCUUUGAGUUCGGCAACAACCAAGUUGGUACCUUGCAGAUUCAGCUUGUUGAUGCAAAUCCGUUGGAUCGACUUGAUCUUGUCUUGUUGAAUCCUACCGUCUUCACAGAUUUGAAGAUCACAAGUCAGGUUCAGACGUGCUCAUGUUACGACAUCUUCAACUGCUCUUGCCAUCAAUGCCCCUUCCCGACCAUCUGUCAGAGCUCUCAGCCUUUCGAAAUGCUCAUGUACAUCGGAGACAACCUCAACUUCAUGAUUCAAGUCCUGUUGCGCAAUGUUGAUCAACAAGUUAUCUUUAGCAUUGACGAGAUAUAUGGAAGUCCAUCUUAUGCCACGUUCUCCAAUCUCACAACAAAUUUACAAACAAGAUCAGCAAGUGAACCCGUCGAAGUCGGUCAGAGAUUCUCCUGGACCCCCGUCUGCCAGCAGGCUGGUCUCGCUCGUGUCCUCUUCCUCGUCACCAGCCGAGAGGUUCCCUCCCUCAGCAUCUCCAAGCUCAUCCACAUCGACGUCGUCACGCCGCAGCCCGUGAUCCUCAACAUCUCGACCUCGAGCAGGCUGAUGUGGAAGCCGGUGAGGGGGCAGGAAGGAGGAGAGUACGAGAUCUGCGUGGUGGUGAGAGAUGGAUGUCACGUGGGGGUGCCGGCGGAAGGCUGCGUGAACAUGAGCAUCGCCAAGUGCCAAGCGUGUCUGGCAGCUGGGGACUCGCUGGAGGGGCUGGCGCGGCAGUACCGGACGGACUUCUUGUCCUUGUACACGUUCAACGUCGGGCUGGGUAACCCAGACAGCGUCACGGUGGAUCGACCGAUCAACGUGGGCUUCCUCUACCGGGUGAACAGCGACAUCGCGGAGAGGAACAACAUUGCUACGGAAUACUGGAGGGGAGGCACGGUUGUAGCGGGAGGGAACACGAGCAGUAUUCUCAUCCUACCUGGCGAGAAGGUCUGCGUUGUCUCCUCCGUGUGUAGAGUGGAAUGCUCGUCGUCAGAGUGCAAGCUGAGAUGA